CAAAUACAAACAGAGAUCUUAUUUCAGUUCAUAAGUGAAGGCCAAGACUGGGAUGUCAUACGAUUUACGUCUUAUAAAUUCAAAUACAGUAUUCAGGGUGAUCUAAAUCUACAUACAACGGUGAAUCUGAGAGUGAGUUGAUUAUAAUUGAUUGAAUAACAUAUUGUGAAUAAUAAUAGUGGAGAGUAUGUCGUAUCAAAUCAUAUCUCGCAAUGAGAUCCAGUCUUUCAUGAAGAGGGCUAUGAUAGCCGUCGGCACUAAUAUAUCUCACGCAGAGAUCUUGUCCGAUGUGUUGGUUGCCGGUGACUAUAGGGGACACUUCAGCCACGGUCUCAACAGAUUAGAAUUAUAUCUGGAAGACAUCACCACAAAGGCGUGUAAAGCAGAUGGAGAGCCAACUGUUCUGAAGGAGUCGGCGGCCACUGCUUGGGUGGACGGAAACAAUCUGUUGGGACCCGUUGUCGGCAAGUUCUGCAUGAAUCUGGCCAUCAAGAAGGCCAAGGAGUCCGGCAUUGGUUGGGUUGUGGCUAAAGGCAGCAAUCACUUCGGAAUCGCCGGAUAUUAUAGUCUUCUAGCCUUAGAACACAAUCUAAUGGGAAUGUCGUUCACUAACGCUUCACCAUUAAUGGCCACAACUCGAGGAAAAGAACCGUUUUUUGGAACAAAUCCAAUGUCAUUGUCUGCACCGGCCAAUAAUGGGGACAGUUAUGUGUUAGAUAUGGCCACUUCGGUGGUGGCAUUGGGUAAAGUGGAGUUGGCUGAUAGGAAAGGGGAAUCCAUUCCCAACAAUUGGGCCAUUGAUAAAGAUGGAGAACAGAUAACUGAUCCCAAAAAACUAAACGCAUUGCUCCCGUUAGGAGGCGUCGAGAAAUCAAGCGGCUAUAAGGGCUACGGCUUGGCAAUGAUGGUCGAGGUGUUCACUGCUAUACUGUCGGGCUCUGCAGUUGCACCUAAUGUCAGGAAAUGGGGUGAUAAUCACAUCACUGCUAAUUUGGGUCAAUGUUUUAUCGCAAUAAAUCCAGGAUCGUUUGCACCGGGAUUUAAUGGCAGAAUGUCUGAUUUGAUAGACUCGUGCCGUAACCAAGAACCUGCUGCAGGACAGCCCAAUGUAUUAGUGGCCGGCGAUCCUGAAAGGCAGCACAUGGAGAAGUGCGACACUCAGGGAGGCAUUGCAUACCAUAUCAAUCAAAUUGAUUUCGCUAACCGGAUCGCAUCCCGUCUUAAUAUAGAGGCCCCGAAAAUACUCAAGUGAACUCAUAUUUGGUUUGACUUAAAGAAUAUUCUUAUACUUUUUAUACCCGGUUUAUUUUGUUUAAAAAAUAACCAAUAUUAAAAAUAUAACUUUAUUGUCUAAUAAACUGUUUGACAUCAAAA